AAAUAAAACAAUUAAUGGUACCUCCCGCCUCCACAGCGUUGCAGCUGCGGCGGCAUGGCGCCUCUCCGGGACUUUAAACGCAUCGCCGACGGGGUUUUCCUUGUCGCCGCGGAGGCCGCCAAGAGAUCCACGUACUUUGAAGCCGCAAGAGCCGGUGACAUCGGAGCACUAAUUUCUCGCACCAUAAGGAACGCCAUCGUCUCAGCCACGGAUCUCGCCGGAUUCACCAGCGGGAAAGUUCGCGAGUUUACUCCCCUGCGGCCCACGGAAUCCGUCGUGUUCUUCUCGGACUCUCCAGAGGCCGCUGCGGCGAGGCCUGAUGGCUCCGGCGAUGUAUCGUUGUCUGCCUCGCCGACGGUUUCGGUCCCAGAGUCUUCGGUAGCGGAAGUGAAAGAGGAAGUGUUUGUUUUGGAUGAUGGGAAGCUUGCUGAUGAGCCGGGCAUCUCUGGGGAGAAGGGAGAAGUGAAUUUAUUGAACUUGGAGGAGGAUGAUAAGAUGGACGAGGUUGUUGUUCCGUUGAACAGGAGACGGCCUCGGGAGAGGAGAGUGCCUUCAACCCCUUUCAGCAGAGCACUUGGAUUUGCUGGUUUGGGAGCUGGGCUUGCAUGGGGUACUGUUCAGGAAGCUGCAAAUAGGCUUCUUUAUGGCAUUCCUAAAUCGGAAAGGAAACAAUCUGUCCUUUCUCCUUUGUUGUCGGAGCAAAAUGCGCAGCGCUUUGCUCUCGCUCUAUGUAGAAUGCGAGGAGCUGCCUUGAAAUUGGGCCAGAUGCUUAGCAUCCAGGAUGAGAGCCUUGUGCCACCACAGAUCUUGGCGGCUUUGGAUAUUGUUAGGCAAGGCGCUGAUGUGAUGCCAAGGAGUCAGCUUAACGAAGUGUUGGAUGCUGAAUUAGGUACACUUUGGUCGACAAAAUUACUGAGUUUUGAUUAUGAACCAGUUGCUGCAGCAAGCAUAGGGCAGGUCCAUCAAGCGGUGAUGAAGAACGGUCUCGAAGUUGCGAUGAAAAUUCAGUACCCUGGUGUUGCAAAUAGCAUUGAAAGUGAUAUCGAAAAUGUUAGAAGGCUUUUGGAGUACACAAAUCUCAUUCCUAAAGGGCUGUUUCUUGACAGAGCUAUGAAGGUGGCAAGGGAAGAACUAUCUAGGGAAUGUGAUUAUGUUCUCGAAGCCGCCAACCAAAUGAGAUUCCGGAAGUUGCUAUCUGAUACAGAAGGGUUCUUUGUUCCCAUGGUUGUCAGUGAAAUGUCUAGCAGAAGGGUUUUGACAACAGAGUUUGUCUCAGGAGUUCCUAUUGAUAAAGUUGCACUUCUGAGUCAGGAAACACGAAACUAUGUUGGAACAAAAUUGCUUCAGCUGACCUUGAAGGAGCUUUUUGUUUUCCAAUUCAUGCAGACCGACCCAAAUUGGAGCAACUUUCUUUUUGAGAGUGAGAAAAGAAUGAUCAAUCUCAUUGACUUCGGUGCAGCUCGUGAGUACUCACGCAGUUUUGUGGACGACUAUCUUCGUAUGGUGAUGGCCUGCGCAAACGGUGACAGAGCUGCGGUGAUUGAGAUGUCGAGGAGGCUUGGAUUUCUGACCGGCGAGGAAUCGGAGGUGAUGCUCGAUACCCACGUCCAGGCUGGUCUCAUCAUCGGUCUGCCAUUUGCGAAGCUCGGCGGCUAUGAUUUUGGUUUGACGAAUGUGACUCAGAGUAUCAGCAGUCUCGGUGCCACCAUGUUGAAGCACAGGCUGACUCCACCACCUGAAGAAGCCUACAGCCUCCACAGAAAGCUCUCCGGUGCUUUCCUGGCUUGCAUCAAACUUCGUGCUGUUGUUCCUUGCAGAGAGCUUCUGCUUGAAGUUUAUCAGAACUAUCAGUUUAUUGAUAACGGUCAAGCAGUUUUCUCCGCUUCUGCUGUUUCGUAGAUAUUCUGCAGAAGCACAGGUUUUUUUUUUUUUUUGAAAAUUUACAUAUAUACCAUACAAUUCUUAUGCAUUUAAUAUCUAACACCCAAAGUUUGAUAUUUUCCGAGCACAUAUUAUGUCAGGACUCCGAACGUAGAGGUACGUUCGGAUUCCAAUAAUCGAUGUAUUAUAAGAAUAUCCUGCUGUGUUACAGGAAUAUUCCAUCAGCUUUAUUUGUAAAAAAGGAAGCGUUAUUCGAGUAUUAUGUGAUGUUAUUCUAUUACUUUGCAAUGUUAUUGAAAUAUUCACCCGCGUUAUUUGAUUUGGGGCUGUAUUAUUCGGCAUAUUCCUCAUGUUAUUUCAAUUUUCAUUAUGUUAUUGGAAUAACACAACCCUAAAUCAAGUAACGCAGGAGAAUAUUCCAAUAAUACUUCAUUUUCCACAAAUAACGCUAUGGAAUAUUUCUAUAACACUAAUCCGAACGUAGCCCUGAUAUAAUAUUCUUUCAUAUUUUCACUUGCCGAGGUCAUAAACCUA